AUGGGAAGAACCUCCAUAAUCGCCCUCUCGGGCCCCUCAUCAAGCGGGAAAACGACGCUCGCGCGACUCCUCCAGCGCAUUUUUGCCCAUCUCGAUAUGAAGAGUGAGAGAGGACAAGCACAAGCAUCACCUAUAUCGACAUUCAUAAUCCAUGAAGAUGAUUUCUACCAUCCUGACGACAAGAUCCCCUACACGACCACAAAAUCCGGCCAGCGCAUCCAAGACUGGGACUGCGUCGAGGCCCUUGACAUAAACUUCCUCUCUGCCUCUCUGCGCUACGUCCACGAGCACGGACAUCUCCCACCCCGGCUGAAGUCCAAGGAGGACCUCAACGACGUCUCACCUGAUUCCGGUGUCGAUGAUGCGCUCAUCGAGGAGUUAAAAGAUGCUGUUAGGGGUCGACUCUCUGGUCUGGGUCUCCCGAAAGAGGCAGAGGGAGAUGGGAAGUGGACCCUGGCGAUUCUUGAGGGGUUUUUGCUCUUUGCGCCGCCGGUUUCUGAUGCUCGAGGGAAGCACCCGCUUCGACCCGUGCACGACCAGAUAGACGUUCAUCUCUUCCUGCCAGCACCGUACGACCUCGUCAAGAUGCGGAGGGAGAAGAGGAGCGGGUAUGUGACCAUCGGCCCUGCGCCGACGCCGGACCUACCUCAGCGGUCUUCGGUCUCUGAUGUGGGCAGGGAGGAGGAUGAAGGCGAGCUGGAUCUGGACGCAGAGGAUGAUCGGCCGUCACAAAACUUCUGGACGGAUCCCCCUGGUUAUGUAGAUGAUAUUGUGUGGCCACGGUAUGUGAGGGACCAUGCGUGGUUGCUGUUGGCUGAGGAUGAAGUAGCGAAACCGGGGCUACUGGAUUCAAUUAAGGGUGACGACGAGCUGGUCAGGAUGGCUGGGCAGGGUGUUACCCUGAGGACGGAUGCUGGUGUUACUGUUGCCCCAGGACAGGGAUCGCUGCCGAUGGCGGAGCUGUUGAAGUGGGCUGUUGAGGAGGUCUUGAACCAUUUUCAACAGAGCAGUAGCAGAGUUCAGUAA